AUGGGUAUGAUGGAAGAGGAGAGUAGCAAUAGCAACAUAGAAGGUGGAGCUUCGCUACCAUCGUCAGGUUCAGACGCCAAGAAGCGAAGCGUCACAUACUUCUACGAGCCAACCAUCGGCGAUUACUACUACGGCCAGGGCCACCCAAUGAAGCCGCACCGCAUCCGCAUGGCUCACAACCUUAUCGUUCACUACUCCCUCCACCGCCGAAUGGAGAUUAACCGCCCUUACCCUGCCUCCCCCGACGACAUUCGCCGCUUCCACUCCGAUGACUACGUCCACUUCCUCUCCUCAGUCUCCCCUGAGACCCUCGCCGACUCCGCCUUCUCGCGCCAACUCAAGCGCUUCAAUGUUGGCGAGGACUGCCCCGUCUUCGACGGCCUCUUCAACUUCUGUCAGGCCUCUGCCGGCGGCUCCAUGGGGGCUGCCGUCAAACUCAACCGUGCUGACGCCGAUAUCGCUAUCAACUGGGCCGGCGGCCUCCACCAUGCCAAGAAGUCCGAAGCCUCUGGAUUCUGUUAUGUCAACGACAUUGUUCUCGGUAUCCUCGAGCUUCUCAAAGUUCACAGGCGUGUUCUGUAUGUUGACAUUGAUGUUCACCACGGUGAUGGAGUUGAGGAGGCCUUUUACACCACUGAUAGAGUGAUGACAGUUUCUUUUCACAAGUUUGGGGACUUUUUCCCAGGCACAGGGCACAUCAAAGACGUUGGGGUGGGCUCAGGAAAGAAUUAUGCUCUCAAUGUCCCAUUAAACGACGGAAUGGAUGAUGAUAAUUUUCGUGGUCUGUUUCGAACUGUGAUUCAUAAAGUCAUGGAGGUUUAUCAACCUGAGGCAGUUGUUCUUCAAUGCGGAGCUGAUUCAUUAUCUGGUGACAGGUUGGGUUGCUUCAACCUGUCUGUGAAAGGUCAUGCAGAUUGCCUUCGUUUCCUUAGAUCUUUCAAUGUUCCUUUAAUGGUCUUGGGUGGGGGUGGAUAUACAAUUCGAAAUGUUGCCCGAUGUUGGUGUUAUGAGACAGCAGUGGCAGUCGGAGUUGAGCCUGAUAACAAGUUGCCUUAUAAUGAAUAUUACGAAUAUUUUGGUCCAGAUUAUACUCUCUAUGUCGAUCCAAGCAAUAUGGAGAAUCUAAACACACCCAAGGAUAUGGAAAAAAUAAGGAACACACUACUAGAACAGAUCUCCCGACUUCCCCAUGCUCCCAGUGUACCUUUUCAGACAACACCACCUACCUUACAAAUUCCAGAAGAGGCUGAAGAGGACGUGGAUAGAAGACCAAUCCUUCGCAAAUGGGAUGGUGAAGAUUAUGAUUCUGAUCCUGAUGAAGAUGGACAGGCUAAUUCCAAGUUCUCAAACGUCACUGCCCAUGUGAGGGACAUUGCGGAUGAAAUGGAAGAAGAGAAGUCAGGAGUGCAUCCAUCAUUUUGUUGUUGA